UCCAGCCUGCAGAUAUCUACCGCCGCGCCUCAGCACGACAUAUUAUGUGCCAUGGCAUCUCCAUUGAGGAGUCUGGUUUAUGAUGAUAGCAGGUACCAGAAAUCCUUCCAGCUUUUUCUGGAGCGUUCCUCCGAACAUCAGUGUAUGCAGGACUUCAUCCACAAUAUCCUGCCAGACAUUUUGGCCAGCAUCGGAGAUGGAAAGUCCCACCUUAAUGUCAUUGGAGUUGGAAGCGGUGCUGGUGAGAUCGACCUAGAGAUGUUCUCUGAGCUCCGUCUGAAGCACCCAGGGGUGACAGUGGAUAACGAGGUGGUGGAGCCCAGCAGUCAGCAGCUACACAGCUACAAAGUUUUGGUGUCACAGAAACUAGGUUUAGAUUACAUCACAUUUAACUGGAACAAGAUGACCGCCUCUGAGUUCGAGGAGCAGUGGAAAGCAAAAAAGAUAACGAAGAAGGCUGACUUCAUUCACAUGAUACAGAUGCUGUACUAUGUGAAGGAUCCUGGAGCUACCAUCAGCUUCUUCCAAAGUCUCCUCGACAAGAACGGGAAGCUUCUUAUUAUUCUAGUGUCUGGCGAAAGUGGUUGGGGAAAGCUGUGGCAGAAAUACAGGAACCAGCUCUGUAACUCAGAAUUGAGUCAGUGUGUGACCACUGGAGACAUCAAAAGCAUCCUGGACUCCAAGGGAGUGAGCUACAAGAGCUACGAGCUGCCAUCUCAAAUGGAUAUCACUGAGUGUUUCACCGAGGGGGAUGAGAAGGGAGAGCUGCUCCUUGAUUUUCUCACUGAAGUGCUGGACUUCAAUAAGGUGGCCCCACCUGAGUUGAAAACUGGUGUGUUGGAGUUACUUCGGCACCCAGAUUGUAGUGUGCAGUCUGAAGGCAAAGUUAUCUUUAACAACAACCUUGGAGUGAUAGUCAUAGAUUCGCAAACUUCAUCUCCCGGGAGUUACGUAACAGAAACUCAUGGGAAGGGAGCCAGCCAGCCUGUGAGUGAAAGGGGAGAGCAAUUCAGGUCUGCAGUUGAAGAGAGUUGGACAGCAAUAACAGAGAAUUGGACAGCAAUAACCAACUAUUUGCCUGUUAUUCUCAAGAUAUUCAAGGAAUCAGUCAUGGCUGCAGAAGAAAAGCAAACUUGUUAUGAAGGUGGUUAUGUCCAAAGCUUUCAGUUCUACCUGGAGCACUCAGGGGAGCAUGAGGCCGUUCUUCAGUGGGUCCAAAACAUCCUGCCAGGAGAAUUCAAAAGAAUUGGAGCAGGUAAAAGCAGCCUGGAUGUUCUUGGUGUUGGAAGUGGUGGAGGGCAGUUAGAUGUCCAGAUACUGUCUCUUCUGCAGUCUACAUGCCCUACUGUUCCCAUCUCUUCUGAUAUUGUGGAGGGCAGCGCUGAACUCGUGGACAACUUCAAAGCUUUGGUAGCAAAGACUGCCAACCUUCAGAAGAUCCCAUUUGUUUGGCAUUUCAUGAAAAGUGAGGAGUAUGAGAAGCAAGUCAAAGCAAAGGGAGACAUGAAGAGAUUUGACUUCAUAAACAUGAUUCAGAUGCUCUACCAUGUGGAUGACCUCGCAGAAACAAUCAGUUUCUACCAAAGCCUUCUGAAAGAAAACGGCAGGCUUAUGAUUGUCAUUGAAGCAGUGAAAGGUGGCUGGGACACACUGUGGCGCACUUACCAGAAGGAGCUCUGCACUGAUGUCGCCCUAGUGUACCGAUCAUCAGGAGAUGUUGUAGACUGCCUGAAAAAACACGGCCUGAAAUAUGAGGAGCAUGUCAUCCCCAACACCUUUGAAAUCGCUGAGUGCUUCGAUCCAAGCAGCAAGAAUGGCGAAUGUCUGCUAAAUUUCAUGACAAUGCAAGAUCACUUCCACCAGUCCUUCACCCCGGAGAUCAGAGCAGGCAUCUUAGACCUUCUCAGAAACAAGUGCAGCACUGAAAAAGACGGCAAGAUAUUCUUUGACAGCACUUUGAGCUGCAUACUUGUUUACGCUUGAAUGUGUCCAAUGGAAAAAAUGUAAAUUCACUUCAAUAUUUGAUCAAAAGUACAGUAUAUUUGCCUGUUGCUGCAUUAGAUUUACCAGUUAAAGUGCUUUUCUGUAUCUUAUUCCUGUAUUCAACAAACUCAGUUACUUUGUAUUUUGACCAAAUUAUGAAAAAAAAUAAAAACAGACUGUUCAUGCCUAGCAAAACUUAUCUUUGGAAAAU